GCAUCAAGCGCCCGCGCUUCCAGAGCCAGGUUGUUGUUGCCAUGAGGACAGUGAAGCAACAGGGAAACCGAGCUGCAGCAACACGCUUCCUCAGAAGCUGAAUAUUUCAGAAUGGGAGGAUGAAGCUUUCUUGUUGAUGAUAUGUCUGUCUGUUUCUCUCACAUUGCAGGUUUCAUUUGGAUGUAUUUCUGAGCAACAGAAGAUGUACUGUACUCUUUGAAUUCUCUUCCCUUCGACAAUUUAUCCAGAGACAAUUUCAGAAGAAAAACCCCCACUUGCAAAUCUGCUCUUUUAUCACAAAAUUGUUAUAAUGGAGCAAUCACAAUGACAAGCCCUCGGAACUGAAGAGACGGCAGGCCACCAGAUGUUUGAGGGGAUUGCCGUCCACCAAUGGCUGUGCUGGGGAGCUCUCUACCUGUUGGCAGUGGGGGUGGCAUUAUCAUCUGAAACACGCCGGCCGUGUCCACAGUCCUGCCGCUGCACCACCGUGCUGCUGGAGGUGAACUGCUCCGAUGGCCAACUCACCACAGUGCCCGACGGUCUCCCACAAAACACUAAACUACUAAACUUAACACACAAUAAAAUCAAGACUCUGGUGCGGCAGCAGUUCCCGACUUUGACACAACUUUCAGACUUGGAUUUGAGUGACAAUAUAAUGGCAACAAUUGAAGUGGAAGCAUUUCUCGGCUUGCAGAGUCUGACAACUCUGCGUCUCGCUUGCAACCACCUGAAGAUUAUUCCUGUCGGAGUGUUUGCCGGUUUGACAAAACUGAAGUUACUGGACAUAAGCAGCAAUGAGAUCCUUGUUUUUCUAGAUUUUACUUUCCGUGACUUAACUGCGCUGCAGUUUAUCAAAGCAGCAGAUAAUGACUUAGUUUUUAUUUCUCAUCAAGCUUUCACUGGCUUAACCAGUCUGCAAGAGCUGCGCCUCGACGGCUGCAACCUCACUGCUGUGCCAACAGAGGCGCUCACACAGCUCGGCCGGCUUAGGAGUCUUCAUUUUCACCGACUGGGCCUCACCACCCUGCCAAACUACUCUUUCCGUCAUCUAGAGCGUCUCGGGGAACUUGUCAUCACUCAUUGCCGCUGGCUGGAGAGCCUGUCAGGAAACAGCCUCUUUGGCCUAAAUCUUACAUCCUUAACCAUUAGACACUGUAACCUCAGUGCUGUUCCCUACAUCCCUUUGCAUCAUCUUGUGUAUCUUGUAUACCUUGACCUUUCUUUUAACCCAAUCACCGACAUUCGUGGGAACCUGUUUGGAGACUUGCUCCGGCUCCAAGAGCUCCACCUGGUGGGGGGAUCGUUGCUACAUAUUGAAAUCGGAGCGUUCAGGGGCUUGGCGCGUUUCAAAUUGCUGAAUGUGUCUAGAAACCUUCUCACCACACUCGAGGUAGGAGCUUUCCAUUCAGUUGACACCCUAAGAACUCUGGGACUUGAUAACAACCCAUUAACAUGCGACUGCCGUCUGCUGUGGGUGGUGCGAAGGAGACUAUAUCUGGACUUUGGUGGAAUUCCACCGACUUGCACCACCUCAGUCCAGUUGCCGGUAGAUUUUACUAAAGCUGAGCUCCCGGGCCUGCUCACAUGUCGGCAGGCUCGUAUACUGAACAACAAACCUCAAGAAGUGAGAGUAGAUCAGGGACACACAGUGGUUGUUCAUUGCAAUGCAGAAGGUGACCCUCCACCAUCUGUCACCUGGAUAAGCCCACAGCUAAAACUUCUAUCACCCUUUGGUAGAAUACAAGCUCUCUCUAAUGGCUCGCUGGAGGUUCGCUACGCUCAACCUCAAGACAGUGGCGCUUAUCUAUGUGUGGCGUCUAACGCGGCAGGAAACGCCAGCCUGCCCGUCAGCCUUCAUGUCCGAGCUUUUUCACCAUCUUCUAAAAACCCCUUUCGUCUGAACGGUUGGUUUGCCUUCCCGUCCGCCUCUCCAGGUGUGAAUGGAAAUCAGAACAUCCAAUUCGAUGUCAAGACGUUACUGGUAGCUGCAACCAUUGGGUUACUUUCAUUUUUCAGCUCUGUGAGCGUAUGUUUCAUCUUCAUGUUCUUCUGGAGUAAGAGUAAAGGACAAUUAAAGCACACUGCCACAAUAGCGUAUGUUCCAAGAAGCGCCUUGUCAAGUAGUAACGGAGGGAAAGGCAAACAUAUGGAGACAAGCAGGUACACCAUGAAACUAAUAUGAGUCAAUAAGUAAAAAGCCUAUUUUCACUUGAUAUGACUUGCUACAUCCAAAUGUAAAACUUUUAUUAUAAUUUCCAUUAUUAGACAGAAUUAAUUUAAUUUUAGAGCAUAUACAGUAAACUUGUGUCCAACAGAUGCUGACUGUUGAUUAAUUUAUUUAAAUAUAAGCAUGUUAAUGCCUAUGUUGUGCAAAAGUGAAAAAGACAGGACAUACAGUAAAUUGUGCUGGUAUAAAACCUUCUGAACAUUAGACUUUAAGAACAUCUAACCUAGAGGUGGACAUCAUCGUCUGUCUCUUUAUGAGACGGUAGCUCCACUAGGCUAUAACAAAGCCUGAAUGUAAAGCAACCAAAGUAAGAAAUAUUUAAUUAGCAUAAUGCAUGUUGUAUGUAGAGAUGUAAAUUAUUCAGUUAAGUUAGUUUUGCUUAUAUUGCCUUCCUUGAUGUUUAUAUAUAGAAGCAAUUUAACAACUUGUUUGUUUCGUUCUUUGGUUUCCAAAGAACAGACGAAAUAGAAUUUUUAAUUGAAAUAAUUGACCUCAGAUAGUAGAUAGAUAGAGAUAACUUAAAUAUAUAAUAGGGAUGUUAACCUCAUAUUAAGGUUAAUGUACAAAAUACUUGCAUCUGUAUUGCAUGCCAUUUCUACUUAUAUUUUGAUAGUAUUCUAAUAUUGUCACAUUUACUGCUGUACUCAUUGUUUAAUGGAUGUGUGGAAUGUGUUUUCUUCCCCAAAUAAAGGACUUCAUGAGUUUGCUUUCUAAAAGUAGCAAAAAAUAAAAUGACUGUGCUUUCAAAAA